AGGGGCCGGCGACGGUUUUUCAAUUUGUUCGUCCAUUUGGAUUUCCGUCAAGCGAGUCGCACAGCUGCCAAACUAUACUACACUUGUGCCACAUCCGGCUAAAUAAACUCCGCCUAUGCUCGGCUACCUCGGGACCGAGAGGCCAAUCUUCCGCGCGCUUCUGCGUCAGGCUUCAGACCGCGAAGAAGAACCAGCGGACUCUGCGCUUUUCGUUCCUUGCUCUCCUCGACUCCGGCUGCUUUGUAUUUAACCCGCUUCCUUCCGCUUCUUCUCCUCCCCUUCCUACUCCUCCAUAUCCUCUCUCAUCCUCCUCCCUCACAAUGAAGUCCUCCCUCACUCUUCCCAUCCUCGCCCUCGCCCUCUCCCUCUCCGUCGCCGCCCACGGUGACGAACCGGAAUCAGACUCCCCUCCCUCGCCCGCGACAAUGGGCGGCAUGCACAUGGCCCCCUUCAAUGCCACCGAGUUCUUCAACUCCUACGACACCACCUCCUUCCUCAACACCCCCGACUCGCGAUCCUUCCUCAUCGCCCACAUCGCCUUCAUGAUCCUCUCCUUCGCCAUCCUCCUCCCCGUCUCCCUCAUGCUCUCCAUCGCCCGCUCCCCCCUCUACACCCCUGUCCAUAUCAUCUUCCUCGCUACCACCGCCGUCGGCCUCGUCCCCGCCGUCAUCUACAAGUCGCGCGCCCCUGAUCUCUACCCCGGAAACAUCCACUCUUCCUUCGGAUGGGUCAUCUUCUUCCUCCUCGCCAUCCACUUCGCCGCCGGCUUCUUCAGCGAUUUCUUUGGCUGGGCCCUGCGCAAGCCCUACUCCGCCCGAGCUGCCUCUGCCGCCUCUAGCUCUUCCGUCCCUCCCUCGCCCACCUACGAGCCUGUCGACGACCGUGCAUCGUCCGACUCCGCCCGCGCUGGAUCGCUCGGCGGCGAGACCCUCGACGGUCAUGAGGAUCUGUACUCGGACGAUUACUAUCCCUCCGAGUAUGGCUACCGCUACACCGACGGCGACGACGGCUCGCGCAACUACGUGCUUGAGACCGCCGACGACCUCGAGAAGCUGAGCCUGCCGCACCACCCGCUCACCGUCGAGUACCGCAUCCAGCAUGCCAUCGCUACCUACUUUGAGCCUCUGCGCCGCGCCAUCUCUCGUCUGCCCGAGCGCGCGCUUACUUCCUUCUACCUCCUCUCCACAGUCGUCUUCUCUCUCCUCAACCGUCCUAUGAUCCUCAUCGGCUUCUUCCAGAUCAUGUCUGGAAUCGUCACCGCUACCAAUCUCGGCAUGAAGGACAAGAUCUACGGACUGCUCGCGCACUUCAUCAAGGGCUCGAUCUUCUUCUGGUUCGGCAUCCUCACCUUUGGCCGCGUCCUCGGUGCCUUUGCCGAACUCGGAUGGGCAUGGAACGUGCGUCCGCCUGUCGCGCGUUCUCGCCAGGGCCUCGGUGCGCGCAUCUUCAACUGCUCGCUCGAGACUGUCGAGUCCGGACUGAUCUUCACCUACGGCAUCACAAACAUCUUCAUGGAGCAUCUUGGCAACAAGGACGGCAAGUGGUCUCACAAGGACCUCCAGCACGCCUCCAUCGCCUUCAUGUACAUCGGCGGCGGUCUCUGCGGCCUCCUCUUCGAGUCCUCCUCCGUCCGCAGCCUGUUCAACGCUUCCAUCGCCAAUAAGCUUCCGAGAAGCCGCACGAUCCGCGGCGUCGCUUCCGUCUCUGCCGCCUCAGCCGCGGUCGCGACCGCCACGAACGCCUCGUCUGCCGCCUCUGCGCCGUCGCCGGCCUCGGCUGGAAAGCCUCUCCGUCCCGUCGUCGUUGCUGGUAACGACAGCUGUGCGGCUGAGCCGGCUUCCUACGCCGCCUCGUUCAACCCCUUCCCGGCCUUCACCGUCUUCUUCACCGGCGCGCUCAUGAGCCAGCACCAGCAGGCCACCGCGCUCUCGACCACCAUCCACAUGCAGUGGGGCUACCUGCUCUGCAUCGCGGCCGUCUUCAGAGCAAUCACCUACAUCACUUUCUUCCAGUCCCCUCCGAGCUCGUACCUCCCCAGCCGUCCCUUCACCGAGGUCCUGACUUCCUUCUGUCUCAUGGCCGGCGGCGUCAUCUUCGUCGCCUCGUCCGAGCAGGUCGUCAACGCAAUCAUCUACUACGGCCUCGACAGCAUGUUCACCAUGAACAUCGCCGUCGGCUCCGUCGCUCUCUUGAUGGCGUGGAUCAUGGUUCUCAUGGCGCUCAAGGGCUGGGCUGUUCGUCGUCGUUCUUGAUUGUUUAUUUUUUUCUAUGUUUUUAUUCAUUUGUUAUCGUUAUAAAUGGCUGGUGUUGUGUUUUUUUAUUUUAUGACCGGAUUUACUGAUCUAAUUAAUUCUAUAAUUUAAUUGCCUGGGUUGUCGGCGGUA